UUAACGAUAUUGAUUCACAAAAUCUGCAGAAUUGUAAUGUUUUACUACCAAGAGGGGAACAAAGAGCAGAGCUAUGCUGCUCUAAUUGAUUGGUGCUCGCGCUGAAAUAAUGUCAUUAACUACAGCACGGCUUUGUGCGCGAGAAAUGAUGUCGCUGCGCACUUCACCCAAAUCAUUAACUCUGAACUAGUUUUUAUGAAAACGUCUAAAUCCUUCAAUGCCAGAGUGAUGAUUGAUGCGAACAAAGCGGCUGCCUGCAAGAAAACAAGUCUGUCCAAAUGUGGCUUUGAAGAAAAAGGAGCCUCCUUUCAACCUAAUCAGAAACUUGGUUUUGAAGGGAGAGCGCCCCGCCCUCCUACUCCUUAUAACCAGAAAGCCUGUUUGCUGGACGCUCAAACACAACAGGAACACUGGAGACCACGUCGCCGUGCAUGUACCGUUCCUGGAGACCAACUCUGGCUACAAAGACUUUACGGAUUACUCUGGUUCUUUCACCUUUUGACCGCGAGCGAACGACCAGAAGUGGCCAUGGAUUUUCUCAAUCACAACUAUUUGAAUGCGCGCAACCCUUAUGACUAUACUUUUAAUUUCUGGAACGACUAUCUCGGGCUGACGACGUUGGUCACGAAGAAUAACAAGCUCAGCAUGCCCCAGAACCCGAACUCCAUCACAGAGUCCCUCAAAGCGACCCUGGGUUUGGACGAUUCUCCUGCGUGUCCGUGCGUAAUCGCGGGCGGCGUUGUUGGAGAGAACGGGCACAUGGACUGCUGCUGCCCGUCCGGGAGCCCCCCUCCGGCCUCCAUUCUGGACUUGAAGGAGCGUUUCUCGAUACUGAGCCCCUUCCAGAACCAGCUCGGUGUCCAGCCGGAGAGGGAGGUGGGCUUUGGUGGGAGCUUCGCAGGGUUCGAUCUGUUCGGCAUGGAGAGGAAGAUGCGUAAACCCGCUUCCAGGAGCAAGCAGGAGCCCAAAAUCUGCGUCUUCUGCCGAAAUAACGGAGCACCAGAGGAGGUGUACGGAUCCCACGUCCUGAAGACCCCGGACGGCAGGGUUGUGUGCCCGAUUCUGAGGGCUUACACCUGUCCCCUCUGCAGUGCCAACGGGGACAAUGCCCACACGAUAAAAUACUGUCCUCUGUCUAAAGACCAGCCAUCCCAGCGACCAUUAAAGGGAGGCAGGGCUGUGGGUGGUAAGAGGAUGAAAAUAUUCUAAACAGACCUGACUAUAAAGUAAAACGAAUUGCACUGAACAAUUUCCAGAUGACUGUUUUGAUUUAGCCUUUAUCCCAGUUACAUAAACAUAUUGAUUUUAUCUUUUUUUUUCCUCUAAGAUCUCUUAUAUUUUUAUAGUUCUUUUAUCCACAUAGAAUAAUUUUAUGCUUUAUACAUUGGAUUUAUUUUUCUUGCUAGUUUGUAGUCAUUUGAGCGUGUGCAUAUAAAUAUACAUGUAUCAAUAAUCACAAAGUGUGAAUAAAUUUAAAGACAAAGUAUUUUGGUCAUGUAGGGAAACACACUGACAUUGGCAAAGGGGAUGAAUGUCAUAUUUCUACCAAGUAUUUUUGUAUGGUGAGCUAAGCUCGCCACUAUUUUCUUUUUUCUCGUCUUAGAAACCAAAGUUAUGUUUGCCAUUAAAGAAGCUCAAGAAUGUGUCAUUACUGAGUACUUGUGUGCGUCUGCCUGGAGAGGAGGAGAGACUCUUUGAUCCCAUCUGCCCGCCUGAAAAACUCCACAGCAUAUUUUCCAACUUGCUCUAAAGUUGACAUUCAAUCUGCGAGGCAGGAAGAAAAAAAAAAAGACAAUGUGGCCUCUGUGUAGAGCUCAGAUUCUCCG